AGUUCCUCCUGAGGGCUCCGACCGGACGAACCAGCCGCCGCCGCCGCCGCCCUUCUUUUCUCUUCUCUUUCCCGGUCGCCGCUUCUCCUCCUCCCCGUCAAAAUGAGCGUGGUGGACCACGUCCGGGAGAUGGCGGCCGCCGGGCUCCACUCCAACGUGCGGCUCCUCAGCGGGCUUCUGCUGACCAUGAGCGGCAACAACCCGGAGUUGUUUUCUCCAUCGCAGAAGUAUCAGCUCCUGGUGUACCAUGCAGAUUCCCUCUUCCACGACAAGGAGUAUAGAAACGCCGUCAGUAAGUAUACAAUGGCUUUGCAGCAGAAGAAAGCGUUGAGUAAAACUUCCAAAGUGAGGCCUUCUACUGGGAAUGCUGCAUCGACUCCUCAGAGUCAGUGCCUGCCAUCCGAAAUCGAGGUGAAAUACAAAAUGGCAGAGUGCUAUACCAUGUUGAAGCAAGACAAAGACGCCAUUGCUAUCCUUGAUGGGAUCCCUUCGAGGCAGAGAACCCCAAAGAUUAACAUGAUGCUGGCAAAUUUGUACAAGAAGGCGGGUCAAGAGCCCUCUUCCGUCACGAGCUACAAAGAGGUGCUGAGGCAGUGUCCGUUAGCCCUUGACGCCAUCCUAGGUUUGCUGUCACUCUCUGUGAAAGGCGCGGAAGUUGCCUCCAUGACAAUGAACGUGAUUCAGAGUAUCCCAAACCUAGACUGGCUUUCAGUGUGGAUCAAAGCAUAUGCAUUUGUACACACCGGAGAUAACACCAGAGCAAUCAACACCAUCUGCUCUCUGGAGAAGAAGUCACUACUGAGGGAUAAUGUUGAUAUACUGGGGAGUUUAGCAGACCUGUAUUUCAGAGCCGGUGACAACAAGAAUGCAAUUCUAAAAUUUGAACAGGCCCAAAUGUUGGAUCCGUAUCUCAUAAAGGGAAUGGACGUCUAUGGCUAUCUGUUAGCCCGUGAGGGUCGCCUGGAGGACGUGGAGAAUCUAGGCUGCCGUCUCUUCAAUAUUUCUGACCAGCAUGCGGAGCCUUGGGUGGUAUCAGGGUGCCACAGUUUCUACAGCAAACGCUACUCCCGAGCCUUGUACUUGGGAGCGAAAGCCAUUCAGCUGAACAGCAACAGCGUGCAGGCCACUAAAGGCGCAGCUCUCCGGAACAUGGGGAGAGUGCAGGAGGCGAUCAUACAUUUCCGUGAAGCCAUCCGGCUCGCCCCUUGCAGACUGGACUGCUAUGAAGGCCUCAUUGAAUGCUACUUGGCAUCCAACGGUCUCCGUGAAGCCACCGUCAUGGCGAAUAACGUCUACAAAACCCUGGGAGCCAACGCACAGACACUCACGCUCCUGGCCACCGUUUGUCUAGAAGAUCCCGUUGCACAGGAGAAGGCAAAGACACUGCUGGACAAAGCAUUGACACAGAGGCCUGACUACAUUAAAGCCGUGGUGAAGAAGGCCGAACUUCUCAGCCGAGAACAGAAAUACGAAGACGGGAUUGCUUUGCUAAGGAAUGCCCUGGCCAAUCAGAGUGACUGCAUUCUGCAUCGAAUGUUAGGGGAUUUCCUGGUAGCUGUUAAUGAGUAUCAAGAAGCCAUGGACCAGUAUAGUAUUGCUCUAAGCUUGGAUCCCAAUGAUCAGAAGUCCCUGGAGGGGAUGCAGAAGAUGGAAAAAGAGGAAAGCCCCACAGAUGCUACCCAGGAGGAAGACGUGGAUGACAUGGAAGGGAGCGGGGAAGAGGGCGAUUUGGAAGGCAGCGACAGCGAGGCCGCCCAGUGGGCCGACCAAGAGCAGUGGUUUGGCAUGCAGUGAGGCGGCUACCUCCCUGAGUGAUUCCCCACCCCCCACCCCGAAGGCCUGCUUCCUCCUGAACUGAGGGGGGCCCUAUGGCACUGUUGUGGAAACUGGACUGAGGCAUGCCCCAAAGCCACCACAGAGGUUAAAAAGCUCGCGUUCUGCUCUGUGCGCUCGGGACUCCUUGUUCAGUACGAACACUUGAGUGACUGCAGGGGCUUGUGCUGGGGAGGCAUGGGUAUCAAACUGUGACUUGCCUCCGUCCGUCUAAAAUUAGCAGCUUUGAAAGAAUGUGAACCGUUUCUCGCACCCUUGUUAAUGACUAAACCGAUGCGGGAAUCGUGUUACAAACUAAUUACUCCUGAUUCCUGUUGGCGGCGAAACGUAGGCUGCUUUUGUAUCCUUCUGUAAAAGAGGCUUUAUACACAAAGCCCACACGGCGGGCCAAGAGGCGGGAACUCCUCCGGAAACCUGUGGGAGUCUCUCUCAAGGGCAGCCCCUUCCCUUCCGCCCCCUCCCCAUUCUCUCCUUUUUGUAGACGGCAGAAGGGUACCACCUCGGGCCUCUAAUUGACGAGCUGAUCAGUUCACAUAUUAAAAUGAACGGUGGCAUGGGAGAGAAUUACAGGUAUUUCCACAUUCCGCACCAGUGGGUUGCCGCUCCUGUAACCUUUACCGGGUAUUGAAAGCAUAAGAGGGGCCAGUGGAAAAGGUCACACAAAGAAGAGCCAAUUGAAUGCUGUUUGUACUGCAGAAUAUAAAUUCAUAUCUCAACCUGAAAGGCCCCUUGGCCUUUGUAGAUGACUAUUAAAAAGAGCCUUGCAGACUU